UCUCAGGUGUGUUUUGGGUGUGUCUCGGGUGUAUCUCAGAUGUGUCUCAGGUGUAUCUCGGGUGUGUCUCGGGUGUGUCUCAGGUGUGUCUCAGGUGUAUCUCAGGUGUGUCUCAGGUGUGUCUCAGGUGUGUCUCAGGUGUGUCUCGGGUGUGUCUCAGGUGUGUCUCAGGUGUAUCUCAGGUGUGUCUCGGGUGUGUUUUGGGUGUGUCUCGGGUGUGUCUCAGGUGUGUCUCAGGUGUGUCUCAGGUGUAUCUCAGGUGUGUUUUGGGUGUGUCUCAGGUGUAUCUCAGGUGUGUUUUGGGUGUGUCUCAGGUGUGUCUCAGGUGUGUCUCGGGUGUGUCUCGGGUGUGUCUCGGGUGUGUCUCAGGUGUGUCUCAGGUGUGUCUCAGGUGUAUCUCGGGUGUAUCUCGGGUGUGUCUCAGGUGUGUUUUGGGUACCCUCAGGUGUGUCUCAGGUGUAUCUCAGGUGUAUCUCGGGUGUGUCUCGGGUGUGUCUCAGGUGUGUCUCAGGUGUGUUUUGGGUGUGUCUCGGGUGUGUCUCAGGUGUGUCUCAGGUGUGUUUUGGGUGUGUCUCAGGUGUGUCUCAGGUGUGUCUCAGGUGUGUUUUGGGUGUAUCUCAGGUGUGUCUCGGGUGUGUCUCAGGUGUGUCUCAGGUGUAUCUCAGGUGUGUCUCAGGUGUAUCUCAGGUGUGUCUCGGGUGUGUUUUGGGUGUGUCUCAGGUGUGUUUUGGGUACCCUCAGGUGUGUCUCAGGUGUGUUUCCCCCCAGGCCCUGCGCUCGCUCUCCCGGUUCCCGCUCCCGCUCCGUUCCGGCCGCGCCGCCGCCAUCUUGCAGCACUUUGGCCCCGCCCUCUGCGCCCGCCUCGACCAACGGCUGAGCCAGCACCGGCGGGAGCAGGGCCUCCCCCCCACGCCCCCUCGGCAGGAGCGGAGCCCAGCCCCUCCCCCAGCCCCGCCCACACGCCGCCCUCGCCAGUCCCGGCCCCUCCCCCGCUCCAGGAGCCACGCCCUGCUGCUGGCGCUGAGCCAGAGCCCAGAGCCCCUCCCAGAGGCGGAGCUUCUGCAGCAGGCCCAGCCCCUCUGUGACCACGCCCUGACCCCGGCAGCUCUGGGCCCCCUCCUGCGCCGGGGCCUCGUGCAGAGGAGCGGCCGCCCCCCCAGGUACGCGCUGACCCCGCGUGGGCGGAGCCUCGCCGAGGCCCCGCCCCCUGGCCAGGUGUGCCCGCAGCGCCCCCUGGCGGAGCAGGACGAGAACUGCGCCCCCUCCCCCCCAUUGUGCGACCCCGAGCGGGAGUUUGAGCUGAGGCCCGGCGAGUUCGACAUCGUCCUGUGCGCCGACGUCACCGAGGCCAACGGCCCCUGCGGGGGGCUCCCGGCCCUGCUCCGCUCCCGGGGGGUCCCGGUGCUGCUGCGGCGCCUCCACGUCGGCGACUUCCUGUGGGUGGCUCGCGAGAAGGACCCGCCCACAGGCCACGCCCCCCGGGAGCUGGUGCUGGACGUGGUGGUGGAGCGGAAAUCGGCGGCGGAUUUGGGGAACAGCGUCCGGGACGGGCGGUACCGCGAGCAGAAGUUCCGGCUGCGCCGCUCGGGGCUGCGCUGCCCCGUUUACCUGCUGGAGGAGCCAGGGGAGGGGGAGCCCCUGCCCCUCCCCCUCCCCACCCUGCGCCAGGCGGCCGCCAACACCCAGGUGGUGGACGGGUUCUUCGUGGCGCGCACGAGGGACCCCCAGGACUCGGCCGCGUAUUUGGGGGUGCUGGGGGAGCAGCUGAGGAGGAGAUUCGGGGGCCGCGUGCUGCGGGCGUGGGGGGGGGACCUGACUGCCCGGGGCCCCCCCGAGCCCCCCGGGACCCCCCUGGCCCUGCUGCCCUUCCAGAGGCUGCGUGAGGGGGGGGGCAAGAACCAGGCCCAGACCGUGGGGGCCGUGUUCGCCCGGCAGCUGCUGCAGCUGGGGGGGCUCAGUGGGGGCAGGGCCGGGGCCGUCCUGCGCCGCUUCCCCACCCCCGCCAGCCUCCUGGCCACCCUGGGCCCCUCGCAGGACCCCCAAAAGUGCCGGGAGGUGCUGAGCGCCCUGCGCUGCGGCCCCGCCCAGAGGAAUUUGGGCCCCUCCCUCAGUGGGGCCCUGGUGCGGCUCUACGGGACCCCGGGGCCACUGGCCUGAGGGGACACCCCAUUGUCACCUCCUGUCACCCCAUUGUCACCUCCUGUCACCCUUUGUCACCUCCUGUCACCCCAUUGUCACCCCCCAAUAAAGCC